AUGGCGAGGGUGAGGGCAGCUGCCAGUAUAGCCGAACGGCACCUGGCACAACGGUCCUUAUCCGGUCCAAGUCAACCAGCCAGAUGGGCGAGUGCUUUACCAACAGCGGCUACUCGGUCCAUCACUACCACCGCCCCUGCACAAGUGUUGAGAACACCCAAAGAAACAAGAUAUGGCAUUCAUAAGGCUCCUCGACGCCCAACACCUCAACUUCACACACCACACCAUGACCCACCACCGGCAGCACCUUCACAUCCAGCCGUAGCAUCACAGUCAUUACCACAUGAACCCACGACUAAAGCACCACAGCAAUCUGCCACCGAAGCCUCUCCCCCGCUGCAAUCCUCGUCAAACCUUCCCGCAGACGCAUCAGUCAAGAUCCCAGCCGUAGUUCCCAAUGAACCUCGCGAUGUCCUCCAACCAUGCUCUUUCGCAUCCGCUACCACCCUCCUUUCCCAGUCAGCUCUUGUCGUAACACGCGAAAUCGAAAUGAUCAACAUCUUCCUCGGCUUCGAACAAGCUAACAAAUACUCCAUCCAUGCUCCUGACGGUCAGCUCGUCGGAUACCUAGCAGAAGAAGAACAAGGACUUCUCCGAGGUUCACUAAAACGUCAACUGCUUCGCACACAUCGACCUUUUCGUGCUACUGUAAUGGACGCUUCCGGCAAACCCGUUUUGAUGAUUCGAAGACCAUUCACUUGGAUUAACUCGACAGCGCACAUCUAUGCUGUACGAGGGGACGGUCCGGUCGGAUACGGUGCUCCGCAAGAUAGCGAUCUGGAGUUGAUCGGUGAAGUUCAACAGCGUUGGCAUCUUUACAAACGCAGGUAUGAGCUCUUCUUGAGGAGGCAAGGCGAGGAAGAGGGCGAGGUGGAAAGGAUGGAACAGUUCGCGCAGAUCGAUGCAGGCUUACUCAGCUGGACGUUUUUGAUGCAGGAUGCGGAGAGUAAGUUGGUUGGUGCUAUUGAUAGGAAUUUCAGAGGCUUUGGUCGGGAGAUCUUCACCGAUACUGGACAGUAUAUACUGCGAUUCGAUUCGGUGGGGGAGACGGCGAUGACCGAUGCUCGGCUCUCCGCUCCUGAAUCUUCGACGGGGCAAGACAAGAAGACGGGGAUAGCGGAGGCGAUGGAACUUGUGCAGAGUCAUGGCACCCGCCCACUCACCCUUGAUGAGAGGGCCGUGGCACUGGCAACAGCAGUCAGUAUCGACUUUGACUACUUCAGUAGGCAUUCGGAAGGCAUGCACGGUGGAGGAGGUAUGUUCCCUUGGUUCUACAUGGGUGGGAUGGGCGGUGGCGGAGGGGAGCCUGCUCCAGCGCCGGGUCCCCAUGGCGAGAAUGUUCCCGCUCAGCCCGACGUCGGCGGUGCUGCCGGCGAUGGCGGGUUGGGAACAGGCGUUGCUGGCGGCGCAAUCGAACAGACACCAUCGCAGGAGCAGGGUGGUGAAAGCCCAUGGUGGCAACAAGAGCAGCAACAGCAGGAAGGAGAUCUUUGGGGUACUGAAAGCUCAGAUCCGUGGGCAGGAGCGGAUGGUACCCAGAAACAGAACGAUGGAGGCUUCUGGGGUUCCUGGGGUAGUGGUGGAGACAGUGAAGGCGGUGGAGGUGGAUGGGGUGGAUUCGGGGGCUUCUUUGGCGGUGACUAG